ACCCUAAACAAAGCUAGUUAUAAACAAUAAACUGCUACAUGCGACUGCGACGUCACACCUAAUUGAUGACGUUUCGCAUGAACAUUUCACGUACAUGGUGCACCUAGGCAGGGCCUAGUUUUUAUACUUCCAAGGUAUUCCCCUAAAAAUGAUCUUGUGCAAUAUCUUUAAACAAGAAAUUUUGAGACGCUUUUAACGGCUACAAAGGCAUCUCUACUUUAUUACUUACUCCGAGGUAGAAACCAGUGUCAACUGUGCCCAGUUGCCAACAGUUAACAUUUUAGGCUAUAGUCAGUGGGUCGAGAAAAUCAUGGAAGACAACAUUGCAUUUAUUAAAAUUGAACCAAAACAAGAAGAAGAACUACACUUGUCCCUUGAAAGAAACAUUCUCGUGAACAAUGACUUUGUCGACACCAUAAAAGAAGAACAUGGUGUUGAAUAUUGUAGCCAAGCAUACAAAGAAGAAAUAAAGCAGCAAGGUCGUUCAUCAAAUAUUAAAUCGCAAUUUGAUCAGUUUAGAUGUAAGGUUUGUGAGUACACGACAGAUAACGAACCACAUUCUAGAAUACCUCGUAGAAUACACCUUUUGACUCACGUUGAUACUAACAAUUUUAAAUGUGCAAAUUGUGAUUAUUCAACGAAUACGAAGUACAAUUUGAGCAGACACCUCUUAAUACAUAAUAGUUCAAAGGAUUUUAAAUGUGACAUUUGUGAUUAUGCAACGAAUACUAAGCGAAAAUUGAGAUAUCAUUUCUUAUACCACAAUGUUUCAAAUAAUUUUAAAUGUGACAUUUGUGAUUAUGCGACAAAUACUAAACAGAAAUUAGGGUAUCAUUGCUUAAAACACAAAGUUGCAAAAGUUUUUAAAUGUAACAUUUGUGAUUAUAUGACAAAUAUCAAGUACUCUCUUAAGUUGCAUCUCUUAAUACACACGGAUUCGAAAAAUUUUAAAUGUGAUCAUUGUCAUUACGUAACAAAUGCUAAGAGGAAUUUGAAUGUGCAUAUUCUAAAACACAAUGUUUCAAACGUUUUUAAAUGUGACGUUUGUGAUUAUGUCACAAAUAUUAAAACAUACCUCAAGUCUCAUCUCUUAAUACACAAUGAUUCAAAAAAUUUUAAAUGUGAUUUUUGUGAUUAUGCAACCAAUACUAAGAAGAAUUUAAGGAAGCAUCUUUUAACACACAAUAGGAUUAUCAGACGUCCGGUUUUUGACGAGACAGUCCAAACCUGAGCAGAUCACCGUAGAAGACCUUCAAUAUAGGUGCUGGUUCUACUGAAUUCAAAGAUAUCAUCUACAACAAAUUUUUGUUAAGCAGUUCAAUCUAUAUGUACAGAGUGUUACAGAAUAACUAUUCCUAGUUUUAAAAAAUGAUGUAGAGCACUUUAUUAAUAAUAAUAAUAAUAAUUUAUUGGUGUUUUAA